AUGUUUUGUUAUAUUUGUGUGUUAACCUUGUUUUUACUAGAUUUGUCGUCGGUCUUGUCUUCUCAUAUAAGGGACAAUAGUGUUGUAUGCAGUUUUGAUGAGUUCCCAUGUGGUGAUGGCGCCUGCAUCAGCAUCGACCAGUCUUGCGAUGGAAAACCUGACUGCUUCGACUCCAGCGACGAAGCGUUCUGCCAGGGACUCGGAAGAAAUUACCAUCUUGGCGAUGCUAUACUCCAUCGGUCGAGGAGACAGUCAACUUGCAGGAGGAACCAGUGGCAAUGUCGAGAUGGUACCUGCAUCGGGCUGGACGGGAAAUGUGACGGUGUAGUGAACUGUCCUGAUGGAAGCGAUGAGACGUUCCCCCUCUGUAGGAACACGCCAUGCCAGAGCAACUGGUUCCGCUGUACCUACGGCGCAUGCGUCGACGGCACAGCGCCCUGCAACGGCAUACAGGAGUGCGCGGACAAUUCCGACGAGUUGCUGCCGCGCUGCAGGAAUGAAACAGAGGAGAUCAGAGGUCAGUUCCGCUGCGACAACGGCCAGAUGAUACCAGCAGCUGACCACUGUGAUGGUACGAUCAACUGCAGCGACGGCUCAGACGAGACCGUGAAGAGUUGUGCCGGUAACAAGUGUCCCGGGUAUGCCUUUCAGUGCGCGUACGGCGCCUGCGUUGAUGAAGGCUCGAAUUGUGAUGGGAUAAAGCAAUGCGCGGACGGUUCGGACGAGUCCGACGAAUUGUGCAACAGGAUGUCAGCUGUGACGACAACCACCUCGCGGUCACCCGGUGUCGGCAAUUGCAUAGUCCCCCCCACAUCCUUCCAACGGACGCUACUCGGUCGUGGAAUUCUGCCGCCUCAACCCACACGAGAGCGUGGAGUACCGCUGCGUGCUCUCCGGAAACCAGGAUGGGACCAGAGCCUGCAACCUCUUCGAGCCUUCGGGCACCGUUGUGCGGCCACAGUGCCACAAGCCCAACUAUUAUUCCCCCUGGAGUCCUCCCCCCUCAUGCGUUGUAUCGAAGGCAGUUGGGACACCAUCGCCAUCUGUCAACCAGAAUGCGGCAGAGUGACCCCAGAGGGCGUCGAACUGGUUAUAGGCGGUUUACCAGCUAAACGAGGGGAACUCCCCUGGCAUACUGGUAUUUACAGCAAGCGGUUCACACCGUUUAAGCAGAUAUGCGGAGGGUCCCUGGUCAGCAAUACUGUGGUUAUAUCAGCUGCGCACUGCUUCUGGGAAGACCUGACCAAGAAGCAGUCACCAGAAAAGUACGCCGUCGCCAUUGGAAAGCUGUACAGGCCCUGGAACGACAAAAUGGACAAAGACUCCCAGAAGUCUGAUAUCAAGUCAAUAGAAAUCCCGACGAGGUUCCAGGGCUCUGCGGCUAAUUUCCAAGAAGAUAUAGCUCUCCUUAUACUCACCACAGCUAUCGAGUACAAAACUUAUGUGCGGCCGGUCUGUUUGAGCUUCGAUUACAACUUUGACAAGCGGCAGCUUAGUCCCGGAAAAUUGGGCAAGAUAGCAGGCUGGGGUCUGACCGGCGUCAAUGGGAACCCGUCUCCAACACUCCAGGUUGUGCGUCUGCCCUAUGUCGACCUGAACAGGUGUAUUGCGGAAUCUCCAGCCGGCUUUCGGGAGUUUAUCAGCAGUGACAAGUUCUGCGCUGGAUACACUAAUGGUACGACCCUGUGCAAAGGAGACAGCGGUGGAGGCCUGGCCUUUCCGGACUGGGAGAUGGGCGUCGAGAGAUAUUAUUUACGCGGCAUCGUCUCCACAGCGCCGAACAACGAAGAUCUAUGCAACGCGCACACUUACGUCACAUUCACUCAAAUUAUUAAACACGAACAUUUUAUAAAGGAAUAUUUACAAUAA